AUGGCGGAACUCAGCUCCGCCCUAUCGAGUGUUUCAACAGCGUUUACCCUCAGUCUUCGGAUCACUGAAAAAGUCUACGAGGUUGUUGCUGUCGACCAGGAAGCCAAGGACCUCCUUAAGACAACAUCCCAAAUAUCUUGCCAGCUCGAGCAUGCGAAGAAGCUGCGGCGACAGAAAUCGUUUUGUCUUUCCACCGACGAGAAGGAGAUGGUUGACAGGGUAUUCACGUCGACCGAAGAGGCCGUUGCAACUGUCGCAAGUCUUGUAGAACCAGCGCGAGCAGAUAUGAGAGUGACUGGCGGUCGCGUCAAGUUUGCAACCCGCAUGCAAUUUGUUUUCCGCGACAGCGCUCAUAUUCCAGUCAGCCUGACGCGAUUGAGUAUUGCUGGUGGCAAUCUAAACAUGGCGAUCUGCGUCCUGUGUGCGAAGGAGGGUUCACGAGAAUCACGACCAGGCAACGAUAGCAAAUCACCUCCAAGCUAUCAGGAUAGUGAGUGGCUGCACGCAACACGACACAGGAAUCUACGGAAACGAGAAAGCGCAGCGUCAUUCACUACGCUUAGUGACAAUGCACCGCGGUUCUCACUCACCAUUCCCGACGGCUCUCUGGUUGAACUACCUGAAGACGUCCUGCCUGCAGUAGGUGAAGCAGACAUUGCUCAAGCCUCGCUAUCAGUCAGUGCUACGCAAGAGGAGCUGUACAUUCCUCCGAGCCCUACGCAGCACAAGCCGUCGGAUCCUACCCCGUACGAAUACGAUGAUUUUGUAGUCGCCAUCGCCAGGCCCGUAGUCUUACACGCGGUAGCCUCCUGUGCAAUGCCUCCUGUGGGUGAGCGGUACUAUUCAUGGCUGGCCGCCCAGUACAACGUAUCUGAAGUCCAAGGUGGAACCUCCGGUAACCUUCCUUUAGGCUCGUACAUGAUCCCUUUGCAGGGAAGUAAUCCGCAUCGCCCGUUCGUAGACCUGGCUGGGAGCUAUGAGCUACCGAGUGACCCUGUUCAACCACCGGAAGGCCGCGAGCCCGUUGAAAAGCUAUUCAACAAGGGUGAGCGACGCGGCGGGACAGAGAACAGACAACAGAACUAA